GCCAGUGUCAAAAAAAAACAUCUGGGUAAAUGGUGGAAGUGUUGUGAUUUUGUAAUUCCAGUAUAUUAGUCUUUCUGUGUUUUUCGUUUAUUCUAGUGCUAUGUAUAUCCUAUCAAAUUCAUCCGCUCGCUAAAACGAAAUGGUUUUUGCGUAAUUAUGACGUUCAGGGACUUUAACGAGAUCAAAUCUUGGAUACAACAUCAUUGCCAUUGAAAUACAGUUACCAUGGAGAAACACCAAAAAAAGGAUAAAUGGGACGCUUUGGCUACCGUUAAAUCGUUUGAUUUAGGCGGGACUGACACUUCUCAUCAUGACUCCAUCCUCCACCAAAGCAUGCAGCAGAUUGACAUCAUCCAACCGGUUAACACCACAACCACACCCAUCAGUCUCCUUGUCCAAUCCCUGGUAAAACAGCUCUGCACACUCCUGGAGAAAGAUCUAUCUAGAGCAAACUUUCUGUACAACACAAUAUGUGAGAAACUUCACAGCAUGAACCUGAUAGAUGAUUCCUAUGCUAUGGGGGAGUUUGAAGCCAUGAGGAGUCAGUACCAGCGAGCUCUCUACCAACUUGUCACAGUAGCUAGUGGCACGGAGAUCCCUAUCACUCUCCCUGCUUCUUGGCCUAUCGUCCAACCCUCCGGCCUAGAAUGGUCACGUUACCAUAAAGAGUUUGAAGAGUUAUACUACAUAGCAGGAGGAGGUUUUGGCAGUGUCUUCAAAGCUCGCCAUAGACUGGACGGCGUAGAAUAUGCUGUCAAAAAAGUCUACAUAAAAUCUUCAGAUGUUAAUUCUAUCAUGAGCCAUUUGGCUGAAGUGAAAACUAUUGCCAGUCUCAACCACCCAAACAUUGUCAACUACAAAGCUGCCUGGCUGGAACCAAUGAUAGAAUCGAAAGUUAAAAAGAAGCGAAAGUUCCAAAUGGAGAUGGACAACGAUGAUAUUUCGACAUUCGACACAAGCUUAAUAUCAUCUGCGUAUCCGAACAUCAUCACCUCCUUCAAAACUCAUAACUCCAAAGAGCUCACAAAGAAUAAUAGUCAAUCUGAUUUUAUAAUUUCCUUCAAGAACUCGAAUAGUUUUGAAAAUCUGGAUACUUCGAGUGAGGAGUCAGAUGAUUCUGAAAGUGAUGAAGAAUCUACUCCACAGGAAGAGAAUGCUGUGUGCAAGUUGCUUUCUGGCAAGGAAUAUGAGAACUGCUCGAGGGUUAAUCUGAAAUGGGCCACUUUAUACAUCCAAAUGACAUUUUGUCAGCAGACUCUGAAGCAGUGGUUAGACGAGCGGAACAACCACAUGUCUUUGUCUCUGGCUCGCAAGAAUUCUGACGACAUGACUUUGCACCAUAGUGAAUCUAGUGAUUCAGCCUGCCUUGAUUCACCGAUUGGCUCUGACAUGAACUACCCAGUGGCUUGGACACAUAUUGACAUAUUGAUCGACAUGUUCACUCAAUUGGUUCGAGGGUUGCAUUACAUACAUUCUCGAGGUAUUAUACAUCACGAUAUAAAGCCUAGUAAUGUGUUUGUUGCUCAAAGUGAAAGUGGGUUGAUGGUGCAACUUGGGGACUUCGGGUUGGCGUGUCCUCUGCAGCAGUCUCAUAGCGGGCUGGCUCUUGGGACGCAUCUGUAUGCCGCACCAGAGCAGUUGGACGGACAAUGCAAUCCUAAGAGCGACAUGUACAGCCUGGGCAUAAUACUUCUGGAAAUGGUGGAACCUUUCAGCACGGACAUGGAACGAGUGAAGACCAUCACAGACCUCCGCAAGGGGCAGAUACCAGCGCACCUGACAGCGAACUACCCAAAAAUAGCCCAUAUCAUCGGGAAACUCGUCCAAAGACGCCCAAGCAGAAGACUAGAUACCAGUCAACUGUUGGAAGAAUUGAAGAACUUAGCGGAAAACAAAGACCAAACCAUAAAGACGCUGAAAGAAGAACUAGCCGCGAAGAACGACGAAAUAGCUCAGCUGAAGAUGAUGUUGGCGAAACUCAACAACAAACCAUAAACUGUAAUGUUUGAAUGAAAUUAAUCCUUUGUAAUGUGUUCAUGCAUGUGUGUUAUUUUAGGGUAUUUAUUACGAUGUACUUAAUUAAAGUCUCAAUUUUUUUU